AUGUCAGUAGAAAUCUGGAAAAUUGAAAAGAAUUUGUGUCGCUGCUGCCAUUCGGACGGUGCUUUCGAUAAUUUAGCAGAACCUAAACAAAAUUUGGAUCAAGAGGAAAUAUAUUCUAAUAUGUUAAAGGAAUGUUUUAAUAUUGAAAUCAUCCCAGUGCCAGGAGAGCUAUGUGCGGUCACAUACACAAUAUGCAAGGCAUGCAUAUCUCGCCUCCAAGAUGCAACGAGCUUCAAAAAGCAAGUACUGGAUUGCGAGGGGAGAUUCAUGGAUCUAUACCUAAAUAAUACAAUCAAAGUAACAAAUUCUGAAAAGGAAUCCAUAAUCAAAGAAGAAGAUUUAGACUCAGAGGCAGAAUUCAAAGAAAGCUUCAUCAGUCUAGCCGAUGGCAAUGAUGAAGAUUAUGACAUAAAACAAGAUGAAGAUGAUCCAGAUUCUGACGAACUGAACAUAACUUUGAAGAACAGGAAAGCAAAAGUGAAAACAAAGGAAAAGACGAGGAGCAGACAAAGGACAAAGCAUGAUACGAAGAAAACAAAGAACAUGGAAACAAAGGAAAAGAAAGGAGAAGCAACAUUCAAGCUUCAAGCUAAAGACUAUAAGUGGGAUGGAAAGAUAAUAUGCUGCUGCCACUGUGGAAAGACGUAUGGAAAAAUGUCUUCACUAAGAUUUCAUGUUAAAACAAAACAUUACAAAAUACCUAAAUACAGAUGUCCAGAAUGCUUGGAAGAAUUCAUGACUGUGCCACAAUUCACUGUCCAUAAGUUAGAAAGCCAUAACAUAGAUCAUAGAUUGCAUUGCAACGCCUGCAAAGGCAUAUUCAAUUCUAAAGUCCAAUUAAAGAAGCACAUAAACAAUUUUCACAUGAUGGGUGAGAAAUUUCGCUGCGAUUUUUGCGAUUACGAAUCAUUUAGCUUCGAAGGUCUUUACAAGCAUAAAUUCAAGCAUAAAACCGUUAAAGAUUACCACUGUAGGUUCUGCAAGAAGUCGUUUUUAAGGAAAACUACCCUUGACCUCCACGAGCGUAUACAUACAGGCGAUAGACGGAAAGUAUGCAAAGUAUGCGGCCAGGCGUUCGUGCAGAAAGCUAGUUUAAAUUACCACAUGACGAAAUAUCAUCCUGGGGUCAAAUUUUAA